AAAAAGAAGAAUUAACCUUACUUACCGGUUUGUAUAUGGUUAUAGUUAAUAUUUAAAUUUUUGAAUAUUUGUUUUUCGUUUUUCCAAAAGGAGGCAGAUAUAAAACCGAAAUAUAGAUAAUGGCAAAGGACUUGAAAAUAUUCCUGAUUCCUAAUGACCAGUGCAGAAAAGCAGGCAUAGCUGCUACUUCGUUACCCAUUGAUGAAAUAUCAGUAUUUGCUUACGAAAAAAGAAACAUUCUCCAAAAGGAUGCACCAAGCCAUUUCGCAUCAAAUGUUCCAGCAAGUGUCUUUCAUCUCAGACAGGAUGUACUCCUCUUUCACCCAAUACUUCGUAAAUUAGUUAAUGAAUCUAACGGUGUAUUUCUAGCAGUACAAUCGAUGGUCAACUCCAAGCCUGCUGACCAAAGAGUUGAAUUGUUCAAGCUCAGCAGACAGUAUCGGUCAAUAAUAAGAGCUUGUCUUGAAAACUUACAAGACGAAAUUACUAAAUCUAAAAGUGCAGAAAAAGAAGAGCUGCAAAAUUACAUCACAGUGUUUUAUUCAGUUGAGUGCAUUUGGCAUUUGUGUGAAAUACUUUUUGUAGAUGUUAUACCAGGAAAUUUAGUAUUAACACAGUUACUAGAGUGGAUCAGAUUCCACUUCCCGAAAUAUGAAAGGAAUGCAGCUACGAUGCUGUCUGGUGAUUUGAGUGGAUUAGAAUCUCACCCAGAGUUUUGGGAAACAGUCUUAGGUGCACUUCUUCAAGGUAGAGUGAAAGUCGUUAGGGCUCUUUUGAGACAGCACUCUGCAUCAGAUAGUAGUACUUUCAAAUUAGUGGAUCAAGUACUGAGAGCUAUGCCAGUGUGUGAUGGAUCUAAUGGUGCAUCCAUAAAUGAGUUCAAUAUGCAAUGGAGGCAUUGGACAAUGGAUGUUCAAUCAAAAAUAGAUGCAAAAUUAUUUAGUGCUGUGAAACAUUUGGAUUUGAUCAUGAGACUUGUAGUAGGAGAAGAAAAGGCCUGGAUAGAAAUCCAAGAUCAGUGCGAGGCUUGGUAUGAGUAUCUAGCAGGCUGGUUAUUUUUCACUGAACCCACUGUGAAGCCCUUUGAGUUGGGACAGUUUGCCAAAAGGAGUAUAUCAAAAAUGAGAAUGAAUAACCGCCUCAAACACUUGGAUAGGGUAUUAUUAGCUGCAAUGGAAUAUGACAUUUUUCAGGUAAUAAAAGAAAUUCAAUUUAUGACCGAAAAUGGCUGGUUCGUUAGUCAUUUAACAGAUUUGCUUCAUCACUGUGGACGAUUAUCUGGUUUAGAGAAAGAAGUAGAAAAUUUUUCCGCAGAUAAAUUACGAGAGUCUUUCAUUUUGGAUUAUGGUGUAACUUUAAUGGGCCACAGGUCUUUGUGGCAAGUUGGCCUAACAUAUUUAGAUCACUGCCCAAAUGACGGUCUGCAUGUAAUCGAGCUGCUAUUACCAAGAAUUAAUAUGGAUUCUGAAGCGAAAGCACAAAAAGUUGUUCGGGAAGCUAAGAAUAGGGAGCUCACUAAUGUUGUUCAGAGCAUAUGUAAAGUACAAGGAAUGGUUUCGAUGAAAAGAGGAAGAUUAGGUAAUGCCCUCUCAUGGGCUCUAAAAUCUCAAGAUGGACCAUUUACAUCAUUUUUGUCUGACAAAUUUCUACAAGAGUACAUCAAGGAUGGAAGAUUAGGAAGUAAGGAUUUAUUGGAUAAUUUGGGAUCAUGUAUGCUUGUUAGCGACAGGUUAAUUUUCUUAGGAAAAUAUUACGAAUUUCAAAAAAUGUAUCAGGCUGGAGAAUAUAGAGAAGCAGCGACAUUACUGAUUUCACUUCUAGCAUCAAAAAUAAUUCCGAAAUAUUUUUGGUAUGUUCUGCUGAUUGAGGCAAUUCCCUUAUUGGAAAGUGAAGAAAUACUAUUUUCAUCAAACGAUACCUUCACCAUCAUACAUUGCUUGGAAGAAAAGGAACAUCUGCCAGAGUUGAAAGAAAAAGUCGAUAUUUUGAGGUUAGCGGCAGCCAGAAAUCUAUCGAGAGCAUUAACUUUUGAAGCACAGUUAGUAGAUUAGUUGUUUAGAACAGUGUUGAUUUUUAUUUUUUUAAUAAAUAAGUAUAACGUA